CCAAGACGGUUCAAUUAUCCAUUAGUUAGCAUCAGCAUCUCAGUUCUCGUGGUUACUAAACACUCUCCCGUUGCCACAGCCGUCGCCGAGCGUCAUUAUAUUUAGAUUCCGUGUCAGUUUUGUGUUCCUUCUCCCUUCGAGCUGGUGUGAGUGUGUAAUCGCUUUGAGGAGGGCUGACCGGAUUUGUGUUACUUACAGCACCCCUCACAGUUAGUCGCGGAAUUGACGCCACGCAGGAUGUUCGAGUAUAGUUGACAGUAGCACGUUUGGAAUCGGUGGUUGACGAGCGUUUGAUGGGUGUAGAGGUGACAUCUGUGAUGCGAUUAAUGUACGAUUGUGCACGAUUAAGAGAAGAUUAUCAUCUUAUAGUAAUGUAAACAAAACACGAUCUGUUAUGUAAAUGAAUAAUUGACGAGAGAAGUUAAGUGAUAACACAUCCCUAAGGGAAGCUGACGCAAGAAGUGACGAACCCCUUAGAUCAUUUCUAACAAUAAACCUACUAUUUGUCUACUCAAUUUUACCGCUACGGAAAGAAACGGUGAUUAAAUUUUUUGUGUUCUUGCAAAAAAGCUGUGAUAAUUUUCAAAUUUCCUGUCUUGCACGCGUUGAAGAGAUGUGAUUUUAGAUUAUGACGGCCAGUUGUCAAUGCAAAAAUUAGCCAUAGCCGCCUGGGUGUCAACUCGAGGAAGCGCACCGUGUCCCAUGAUCAGGUGGCAUGAAAUUAACACCUUUGUGGAUGCCGUGUUGGUUGCUGCGGUAAAGGCGGAAUACAAAUCAAUCACGAAGAAUCGGGUCAAGUGUUGGUUGUUGGUUGGAAACAGCUGAGAGAUCGGUGCCCUGCGCCGAAACCAGUUGAGUGCUCAGUGAGAAUGCAUAACGAUCGGUGAAAAUUGCCUGUACAGUUUUAGUGAAAUUAGAUCCAGUUGUUAAUUGGUGUUGAUUGAUUUAUACUGUGGAAUAAUGGGUACCGAUAUGAUGGGUAUGGCGAACGAAUUGGAUCGAAUACCGAGUACUACCCUAGCAGCGCUCAGGGGAAUUCUAGUCAAAUCGCUGUCGCGAGAGAAUCUAAGUCUGACCGAUCAACAGCUGUUGGUGUACCGGAAGGAUCGUCACGUGUCGUUCAAUGUUGCUGGAAACAGGGAUGCAAACGUACAAAAACAAACGAGGCCAUCGUCUGCCAAUAAAGACAACCGUCCACACUCCGUAGCUCACACCUUGCAUUGGUUUGCCUGCGUGGGCGAGGAUUACGAUAUUAACGGUUUUAAUAACGAAGAAGAACAACAAAAGGAACGCGAAGAGCGAAUAAAGCAAAUAAAGGAACGCCAGAAUGAGGAACGACAGCGAAAGCUAGAGGAACUGAAGGCACAAGCACUGGCAGCGCAGAAAUUCCGGGAACAGAAAGAAGAAGAACGUCGACGCCGGAUGGAGGACCUACGGAGGCGCGAAAACGACCGGCGCUCACAGGUCGAGGAGCGACGGCGUGCGAUACAGGAAGCGGACAACGAACGGCGGCAGUACAUUCUGCAGAAAAAUCAGGAACGAGACCAGCGCAUGGAGACGAAGCGGCGCAACGAGCGCAGCUCGAUACAGUUCGCGUUCGGUUCGUCGACACCGCGCAUGAUCGAAUCCGGUGACAGUGGCAUGAGCAGCUCGUUCUGGACUAACCGGAGAGCAACAUCCAUCACGAAUGUCGCGUACACGGGGGCUCCACUGACGCGUCGCAGUUCCGAACGGGAAUUGACCGACGGAAGCUCCAAGAAACGUGCUACCUCCGCCAGUGGUUUGGACAGAUCGACCGACGACAUGAGACGAAUGUCCAGUUCUAUGUACGAGGUAUUCAAUUGGGCCCAAACUAGCGAGUGUCCGAAAAAGUUGACCCUCUCGCUGGCAGGGACCGGUAUCAACAUUGACGAACCGCCGUCCAGUGCGGAGCGGGCGGCGGCUGCUGCAAUCGGUGGUGCUACCAGAAGGGACGAUUCGGCUGACAUGAGCUACCAGCGUACCGUAAAUCGACGUAAAACCGAUCUUAUGCCCACCAUUCCUAGUCCUCGCGAUAGCUCUAGAUCAUCUCUCGGCACUCACACUCCCAGAACACCAGGUCGAGCCUUCUCGAUGACACGUUUGGACCAGCUGGCCCAGCCACGCCGUCGCAACGGCGAACACAUCAGUGCAAUUGUUGAACGCGAGCGUCGUCAGGCUAUGGAGCUGGAGAAUCUGACCCGCCUCUCGCUGUCCUCGUCCCGUUCGUCCCCGACGGCGGACGGUUCGGCGAAGCGUAUGUCACGCAGCAUGUCCCAGCUGGCGAGUAGCAGCAGUGCGGCCAAGUAUCGCAACCAAUCGCAGGAACGACACUCGGGUGGCCGUCCCGGGCGCAAGUCCUCCUUCAACUCGUCGCUUCUCGGCGAGACACUGAUGAUGAACCGUUCCGAUACCUCCAAGAGUAUGUCCCAGUUGAACACGGCCGGACGCGUUCCGCGGAUCACUAAGACCGAACGGCUUCGGCAGCAGGUUCGCGAACAGUUGAACGGUUCCGCGCAGAUGACGACGACUAUGAUGCUGUCGAUGUCGACGACCGCAACAGGUUUGCGCUCCGGUGAAAUCACGCCCAACAGCUUGAACGCUUCGCGCCCGGGCAGUGCAAUGUCCAGCUCAACGACCGCCUCCGGCAUAGUGUAUCGACGAUCGAUUCCAGCAAGCCUGAGCACUCCACGGAAGCCGCGCCCCUUCUCCAUUGCCGUCACGGGAGUUUCUGCGGGCGUGAAAGAAGAGAAACCUCCACUUCCGAAAACAUCCGCCACUAGCAGCAGCGCCAGCUCCACCACUAUGGAGCGCAAACGUCCUCAGAGUGGUACUAGCACACCGGCCAAGCCACCCACUGCACCGGACAGUGCUAAGAAACAUUCGGUAGAGAAGCAACGCGUCAGCAGUGCCCGGGGUACUCCGAAGGCAGCGUCGACACCACUUCAGUCACCCGGGCCGGAAAAGGCCAACCGAAGCAUACACGACAGUUUGCAGCAAAAGCAAUCGACGCUACCGGUCACUUUGGUGAAGCAAGGAUCGUCGGCCAGCGCAAAGAGUACCGAGGAGAAGGUUGAAAAUGGAACACCGAAGCAGCCGGUGGAAGCUGUUGUGCAGUCAGAAACCGUUACCACUGUGGUAGAAACUGCUGAAAAGCAGCAGCAGCAGGAGCAAACCAUUAUAACUGAGAUUAAAGUAGAGGAAACACACGUUGAAUCGGAGAUAGUUGAAAAAAUACCACAGGUUCCAAAUCAGUUGGAAGUCAGCAAUCACGAGGAGAAGCGAGAUGAAACAAAGGACACCAAUAGUUUAGAACCCGAGCAAAAUGGGGACGGUUCAAAUGUUGAUCUGAUGACUGCGUCUAUGCAUGCGAAGCGCAUCUCUACGGAGGAGGAAGCCAAAGCCGCGCUCGCCGAACGUCGCCGGCUGGCUCGCGAGGAAGCCGAGCGCCAAGCCGAACUAGAACGUCAACGAAUUGAAGCCGAAGAGGAAGCGGAAAGACAGCGUCAACUCGAGGAAGAGGAACGUCUUCGCAUGCUCGAGGAGGAAACGAUUCGUUUGGGCGAAGAACAGCGCCGCCUCGAAGAGGAACGCCUGCAGCAGGCUAUCGAAGAGGCCAAGAAGCGCGAUGAAGAAGAGCGGCUGCGUCGCGAGGAGGAAGCACGCCAGAAGGUGGAGCGGGAGGAGUCCGAACGUAAAGCCCGCGAGGAAGCCGAACGGCAGCGUAUCGAAAUGGCCGAAAGACUUAAGAAGGAGGAGAAGGAACGCGAGGAACGGAGAAAGCGCGUCGAAGCGAUUAUGUCGCGGACACGCGCUAAGGGUAGUGCUAACAAUACGCCGACUAAGCAGUCCGACGAUAAUAGAGAAGAUGUCAUGAGUAAAAGUGAAAUUGUAACAUCCAGUGCGACAACAGCGACCAACGUGGACACAACAAUGUCGAUGACCGAGUCAAUGUUGGAAUCAGUUAGCCAACAACACCCGGAAGCCGAAUCUGUCUCUCAAGUACCGGCCGAGGCAAGUGAAAAGGUUGACCUACUGGCACAAGAUGUCCAGACACUGGUACUGGUAGAGGAUGGAGAUGAUCAGAACCAGCAAAAUAACAACAAUAACAGUAGUUUAAAUAAUAACCAUAACAACAACAGUAUGGAUACCGCUAUCAUCACUAACGCUAGCGCCGAGUAUGAGCGUUCGGUGACGGAGAAGGAAAACUAUCUGCUAGGUAGCUUUAACAACAAUUUGAACAGUAACGUUGUCGCCAGCAAUGGCGGUGACAGUGAUAUUGGCAGCAGUCAGCAGCCUUCGUCGCUCGAGUCUAGCUCGACACCCGUGGGAGUCACCACCAAUGGCAAAUCGACACCGGGUGCGACGACGAUCGCCGAGACGACUGAGCUGAUCAUCGAGGAUGCGAUCAUGAGCGGCCAAACCAACGGUCACAAGAAUGGCAGUAUUGAUAAUGUGUUUGCGCAAAUUCCUUCGGCUGUCGAAGGUUCCCCGAAAUUUCUAGUGCAUUUUGACACCGGUAGUCAUUCCGACGAACUAGCGCUCUCACCAGCAGCCGGUAUCGUGGAAAGCAGUGAACAUUACCCUCUAUUGGAGACGCCCUCCACCAAUACCGCAACGACCGCCGCCGCCGCCGCUCAGUUGAUCGAUUUCGGUAGUUUCCAAUCGUUGACCGAGGAAGUGCAGCCACAAAGUGCGGCCAUCGUCGAUCAUGAUCCGUUCAAUUUGAACAAUAAUAACAACUACAACAACGCCAGCAGUAGUGAAAAUCUAAUCGAUAGCAGUAGUUUUGGUACCUCAAGCUCCCCUACCGCUACCUCCCUGUUUACCGGCAGCGAUAUCAAUAUGAUCAGUAAUAGCAAUUUUCUAAACAAUAAUGCCACGAGGCUAGUCGCAACAUCAGACAGUCAAGAUAACCGAGACUUGUCGCUCUUGUAAAUGAGUAAGUUUAACGCUGGACGGAAACAGGCGGCGCCCUCCCUACUCGCGCAACCUAUCGUCGAGGCCGGGCAAAACUAGGCUAGGAUUCAUUUCUACUAACUAGAACGAGAGAUCGACCGGCGGACGUGGUGUGGCAGGUGGCAGCAUUUGUGCUUCUAGCCUCUGCCCGGUAUGUCUACUAGCAACAGUCACAAUUAUUAUAACAAAUAUUAGCUAACAAAGCAAAACAAAAAGAAAAUGCGAACUCUGAGAAUGUGAAUAGCUUCGAAAUAGGGUUUUUGGUAGGCAAGCUCAUUCAAAUGUUCAUUGUAAGAGUUGACAAACAGCGUAGCUUGUAGAUGAGAGGCAAGUUUCAAAUUAACAGAAAAGCGCUCGUUGAUUUUCUUCGUCGAAAGAAAUAUGACAAGGAUUGCGCUAUAUAUUUUUCAUUACUUCUACAACGCUGCUGUCCAAUUGGUAGAGCCGGUGAUUGCGGUUCUGAUUUGAGAGAAACUUUUGUUGAAGAGACAAUAUUCAAUGUAAGGAAGUUUUUGUUCAUUUCUAACUUUUUUCGAACAUUUUGUAAAGAUAUGUUUUCCUCUUUAUGCAGGAUUUCGAAUCAAAUUGAAUGUAACAUGGUUUCAGUAAAUUUAAAAUAUCUUUUGCGUAUUUUUCCAGAAACAAAGAAUAGACCUUUGCUUUUUAUAAUAUUGUAAAGCCAUUCGAAUAUUUUUUUUUUAAUAUACGUUUAGUGAAGGAAGUCUUCCUUCCAUUCGAUCCAACUGAAAGGGAAGUGUUUCAACAAGUUUCCUGUAUUAAAAUAUUGUCUGUAAUAAAAAAAAACUUGUGACGCCAUUGAUCAUUAGAUUUUCUUUGCCUGGCAGGUGCUAUUCUACAGAACGAGGGAGGUAGAGCUCGUUGAAUAAAUUCUAGUUAUAGCUAAGACAUCAAAUCACCCAGUAGUAGAAAAGGAAAAAAAAAACUAUUAUCGAGAACAACCUGCUAUCGUCUGGCUAGCUUGUAACAAAGAACACAAACGAAAGCUUCGCAUAAAACACAGAUUCCUAAACUGGUUCUACACAUUUUCCUCAAAAUCACUGACAAACCAAUAUGUCACAACCAAACAAUAAAGCCGAUAAGCGAAACUAAGCUGAAGUAAUAUAUUAUUACAUAUUAUAUCAAUGUUGAUAAAUUUAAAAAAACCUAUCUAAUUGAUUGACUAUUAUUAUAAUCAUUGGAUCAUUACAAUUUACCAGCUCCUGUAACUUCCGGCUGAGUCUACCGAGUGCAGGAGAAACUAACACACCUAAAUUACGCAUUAUGAAAGCAACGUGGGAGAGAGAUAAUGAAACGAAACAGAAUCAAAUCACUGAGUUUAGUUUGACUAUAAUUUAAGACAUGCGAAGCAAAACACAAAGCCUGCAGUGCAUUGUCGCUGUGACUUUAAAACGAGAAAAUAGAAAUGUUUAAAAUUGAAUAAUAAAUUCUAGUAUUCUAAUAUGUUAAAUUAUGUAUAAAACACAAAUAAGAAAGAAAAGAAAAAACGGUAAAAAAGAACCAUCAUAAUGUAAUUUAAUUAAUUGAUAAAACUAACACUACACCCGAAACCAACAUAAAAAAAUCACUUUGAGAUAGCCAAUAACAGCAAAAAGCAACACGACACGAACGAUUAAAAAAGUCAUUAAAUUCAGCAAAGAUCCGUUUGCCGAACUAGCAGUAACACCUCAUUGUUGAGAAGCAAAACAACUAUUAAUCUUAAAUUAUGAUUCAUUUUGGAAGGGUAUUUCACCUGAUUAAAAUGUGUUUUCCGUUAAGAGUAUAGCAAAAGUAUGAAAGUGCUAUUAUACACUAAUCAUGGUUGGCCUUGCAUUAGUAUCAGUUCCUUCUAGAGGUUGGUCCGAUGCGAUCCGCUAUGGUUUGUUUUCACGCAAGCUGCUAGCACGAUGCGUAUUUUCCGGUUGCCUGCUGCAUAAUUAUGCAAUCAAGUGCUGCAAAUUUUGACAAUUCAACUGUAAUCUGUGUGUGUAAUUCUUUUUGUCCAGUAACAACAUAUAAUCAGAACCGAUAUUUACUCCGAGACAUUUUGAUAAACGUAGUAACAUUGAAAAAGCGUUUCAAUUAAGGCGCUAAACAGAAAAUAAGUCCGAUUCCGAACCUCAGAUUGUUCACGUAAAUUAUCCAUUCUGCUCGUCGUGCGAUGUAUGUAUAGAGAAAAAGCGUUGGCUAAGAUGCAGAGAGAUCGUAGAACACAGGUCAAAUGAAGAGCUUUGGGGAAAACAUGUACGAGUUUUGAAAAAGGUAAUGGAAGCUUAUUUACCCAUCAACAAUUACAACAAAAACGGAUAAAUACACACAGUGAUUGGUGAAUGAUGGUUUUGAUGAGAGAUACCUAGAUGAUAGUAGAAAUGACUAAUGAGAGAAUAAAAACAAAGAUGAGGAUGUGAGCGGAAAAAAGAAGAUUGAUAAUUCUAUUAAUGCUUGUAAUAAAUGCUUUAUAUAUAAAAUAUAUAAAACCAAUAAAAAUAUUUAAACAUAA